AUGGCUUCGAGUAGUCACCACCGCGGCCACAACGACGAAGACAAUGCCUCGGCAGAUUAUUCGAUUCCUCUACAAGACCUGUCUGGGCCGUCAGAGCGCAGUGAAGGGAGAAUAGGCCGCGUGGGGAGCAGGUUUCUGUCCAGGCGAUCGCUGAGAAGAGGGGGUUCGCUGAGAAACUAUGAGCGGGUUUCGGAGGAUUCCCCUGUUGAACCUCCGCCAGUCGCGCGUCAUGCACGGCCACAUCAUGCGGCUCCGGGGGAUGAGGAUGUGUUCCAUGUCGAGGAUCCAGGCACAUUUGCGCAGGCAAUGUCGUCCGUGGGCCUCAGUUUCGAUCCGACGGCCAGCACCACGUCGCUGGCACGGCGCCGCGAAUCCAGCUCCAGCAUGACCAUCGUACCCCUCGACGACUACGGGCCGCAAGAAGCGGAACAUUACCUUUCCCCCUCGCAUACCUACGGCACCGACGACGAUACCGCUCGCUUGACCGACCAACGCUACCUCCAGCCUAUCAGUGGGGCUUCCAAUCCACCGAAAAUAGAGACAGAUCAUGGCAGCACCCACGGCGACCCUUUCCCUGGAGAUUCGCAUUCAGAAGCGCGGUUGGGUGAUGAUCUCCCACAUCUUGAGAGCGGCUUGGGUCGAAGGCGCCGCGGGAGCAGCAGUGCUGGGGAGAGCCGGGCCCGGUCCUUGUCACCUUCGGCGGCUUCUGGCUCCGCGCUGCAACGGGCCGGCUCGAUGAUGAAAUCCAUGUCCCAGCGUGUGGUCAACUUGAGUAACGAACCGGAGGUGGUGGAACAAGCUAUCAUGAGGGAGGAACAGCACAAAAGCGCACGACUCGAAGAACCACCCUCGCUUCCCUCCUUGAGUGGAUAUGCUCAUGAUGCGCCGUCCGUCGGCAUGCCUGACACCCAAAUCCCCAGAACCAGGGCCUCGUCGAGUAAAGCAUGGAGGUUGCGUAACAAUCCGCUGAGAGGGAAGUCGCUCGGCGUUUUAGGUCCGGACAAUCCUCUGCGAGUACGACUGUGCGAUAUAUUGGUGCAUCCUUUCACCGAGCCUUUCAUUCUGGUUGUAAUCAUCAUUCAAACGAUAUUAUUAACAAUCGAAUCGUCAGAGUCGGUGCAGGACCACCCGCGAUCUGUGCGCUGGGGAAAGGAUCGCUUGGAUUACGCCUAUCUUGUCAUCUUCAUCAUCUAUACCCUGGAACUCAUAGCAAAGAUACUGGUAUCAGGGUUCAUGCUCAAUCCGGCAGAGUAUAGUACCCUCAAUCGAUCCCUCGGGUUUCGAAAAGCGGUUUCCGAGAAGGCCAAGAACUUAAUUGCGCCGCAACGGCAAUUUACAUCGAAACAAGCAACAAGUGCCCCAGAGCCACAGCAAGCCUCGAUCAUACGAACUUUCACUGGCGGAUUUGAUCAAUUACAGGAAGAAGUGGUCGAUGACCCUCUUCAGAGGCGACGUGUACGACUAGCACACCGCGCUUUUCUUCGACAUUCGUUCAAUCGUCUCGACUUUGUGGCUGUUGUGUCGUUUUGGGUGUCAUUCUUACUUUCGCUGACCAGUGUCGAGAAUCGGCACCAACUCUACGUGUUUCGUAUGCUUAGCUGUCUUCGGAUACUACGUCUUCUUGCACUAACCAACGGCACUUCGGUUAUUCUUCGGAGUCUCAAGAAAGCAGCUCCCUUGCUUGUUCACGUCGCAUUUCUUAUAGGCUUCUUUUGGCUCCUCUUUGCUAUUGUGGGAAUUCAGAGCUUCAAGUCGAGUUUCCGAAGAAGCUGUCGCUGGCUCGGUCGGGACGGCCAGUCUGAUUUUGAUCUGAAUGACCCCUCCGGCACGCUUCAAUUCUGCGGCGGAUAUCUCAACGCAACGACUGGUGCAAAAGAAUCCUGGUUGAAGACUGGAUUGAACGGUGAAUUGGUUUCGAGUGGAUCCGAACCCAAGGGAUACCUGUGUCCGCAGGGCUCUAUAUGUGUCGAAAAUACAAAUCCAUACGAGGGGACAGUCAACUUUGACGACAUUGUGCAUUCACUGGAGCUAGUCUUUGUGAUUAUGAGUUCGAACACCUUCACUGAUCUUCUAUACUACACCACCAAUAGUGACUAUCUCGCGGCGGCCCUCUUCUUCGCUUGCGGGUUCGUUAUUCUGAGUCUGUGGCUGGUCAAUUUGUUGGUCGCCGUGAUCACACACUCCUUCCAGGUUAUUCGAGAAGAAAGCAAGCGAAGCGCUUUUGCUGUCCAUAAGCUCGAUACUGUCGACAAAGAGGACACAUCGACCCGCAAGAUCAGCAGUCUCAAACGCCUCUAUGAUAAGACUCAAUGGUUUUGGGUCUGCAUCAUCAUCUUCGAUCUCGUUGUGCAGGCUCUACGCAGCUCGACUAUGGAAGAUGACCGGGUAAAAUUGAUUAGCGAUGUCGAGAUUAUUGUCACGGUUGUCCUUCUUGUCGAGAUAAUCUUGCGUUUCGCAUCAGAUUGGCGCGUCUUUCACCGGAGCCGCCGCAACUGGGUUGAUUUGGGACUCGUGGUGAUUACCUGCGUUAUCCAGAUACCUGCAAUUAGGGGUUCUGGGCGGUCGUAUGAUGUCCUUACGCUGUUUCAGAUUCUUCGAGUAUACCGAGUGGUACUGGCGUUCUCUGUCACCAGGAACCUCAUCAUGGUGGUCUUCCGCAACGCGACGGGUUUGCUGAACCUCAUCAUGUUUGUGUUCCUAAUCACAUUCCUCGCAUCCAUAUUCGCAACGCAACUUUUUCGCGGUCAGACACCCGAUGAUGAGGAUGCUGAGAUCACCUUUGCCGAUAUCUACAACUCAUUCAUCGGCAUGUACCAGAUCCUAUCCAGCGAGAACUGGACCACGAUAUUGUACAAUUCGACCACAUUCACAUACAAGCUACACACGGCCUGGAUAUCGGCGAUUUUCUUUAUUAUCUGGUUUAUCGUGGCGAAUUUCAUCGUGCUCAACAUGUUCAUUGCUGUCAUUCAAGAGAGUUUCGACGUCUCCGAAGACGAGAAACGGUUGCAGCAGGUUCGGGCGUUUCUGGAACAAAAACAUGUCAAUGGAGCUUCUCAAGGGAAUUUGUCACUCUCAAAGAUCCUCAUGCUGGGCAGAGAUUCAAACAGAUACAGGGACCCUCUCGAUCACGGCCCAGCAGCGCUCGAGAUGCUGCUAAAAGACGCGGUCGUGCGAGAGUUCCUGGAUGAGCAAGAAGAGACCACGAAUAGUCGGCGAAGACAAAGUGUGCCGUUGGAAGCAGCAGCGGGAGCGACAGGGGAGACCGUUCGCCCCGGCAUGUUUUCACGAAUGUGGACGACCAUCACUACUUCCCUUCUACGCCGGGAGCCGAACCCCUUCUAUUCUAAGCUGAAAUUUUCCAGGGCCUACGAAGAAUUAGAUCCGAAAGAGAUGGCUCAGGCAGUUGUUUCCGCCGCGGAACAGAGGAAACGAGCACAGCGAGAAUACCUGAUGAGGCAUCCGAGCUACAACAAGUCUCUAUUCAUCUUUGCCCCCGACAACGCCAUUCGAAGACUUUGUCAGCGCAUCGUCGGACCGGGCCGCGGGCAUCAGCGGGUCGAAGGAGUGGAUCCAUAUAAGCCCGUCUGGUACACCUUUUCCGCUUUUGUGUAUGCAGCGAUUGUCGCCAUGGUUCUGAUCGCAUGUAUUACCACCCCCAUUUACCAGCGCCAUUAUCAAGCUCAGUGGGUUACAAAGGGUAUCCCCUGGUAUGUUUACACCGACAUGGGCUUUGCCAUCUUGUUCACGUUCGAAGCUUUGAUCAAGGUUAUCGCCGAUGGCUUCUUUUGGACGCCGAAUGCAUACUUCCGCAGCUCAUGGGGUUUCAUCGAUGGUAUCGUGCUGGUCACGCUCUGGAUCAAUGUCGGCAGCUCGUUGUUCUGGGAUUUGGGUAUUUCCAGAGCCAUUGGAGCCUUCAAAGCUCUGAGAGCAUUACGGUUGUUGAAUGUCAGUGACAGUGCAAAGGAUACCUUUCAUUCCGUUAUCAUCAUAGGAGGAUGGAAAGUCAUUGCCGCUGCCGCCGUCUCGAUGAGUUUUCUGAUCCCGUUUGCGAUCUACGGCGUCACCCUUUACAACGGGCAAAUGGUUACCUGCAAUGAUGGCAGUAUAGUAGGUAGCCUCAAUCAGUGCAUCAAUGAGUACAGUAGCUCCCCUUACAACUGGGAAGUACUGGCACCACGCGCCGCAUCGAACCCACUUUAUGAUUUCGACAACUUCGGAAAUGCUUUGUUCAUUCUGUUCCAGAUUGUCUCGCAAGAGGGGUGGACUGAUGUCCAAAUGAGCGCCAUGAGUAUCACUGGGAAGGACUGGCAGCCACAAUCAUUUGCCGCGCCGGCCAACGGUCUCUUCUUCAUUGUGUUCAAUUUGCUCGGUGCUGUUUUCGUCCUGACGCUGUUUGUGUCUGUGUUUAUGCGAAACUACACCGAACAGACGGGAGUUGCCUUUCUUACAGCUGAACAGCGAUCUUGGCUUGAGUUGAGGAAGUUGCUGAGACAGAUCUCGCCGUCAAAGCGCUCACUGGACCGAAAGAGCACUAAAUGGAAGCUGUGGUGUUAUCGUAUCGCGGUUAAGAAACAUGGGCGUUGGGCACGAUGCGUGACGACCAUCCUUCUGCUUCAUCUUCUGCUGCUUAUUUUGGAGUAUUAUCCGGAGCCUCAUCUGUGGGAGUUGACCAGGGAAUCAUUAUUUUUCGCCUUCACUUUCUUCUAUAUUGCCAAUACACUCAUACGGCUCUUUGGACUGGGCUGGCACCGGUUUAGUAGAAGCUCCUGGGAUUUGUAUUCGUUGAUCGCCGUUCCCGGCACGUUCAUCACGACGAUUCUCAACUUUCUGUUGAAGAACCAGGUCAUUAUGGAGCUGAACAAGCUUUUCCUCGUAUCCAUCACCCUCUUGUUGAUCCCCCGAAACAACCAGCUGGACCAGUUGUUCAAGACGGCUGCCGCGAGUCUGACGGCUAUUGGGAAUCUGCUGGCGACUUGGUUCGUCCUGUUCCUCGUCUUUGCAAUUGCCAUGAACCAAGCCUUUGGUUUGACCAAGUUUGGCGAGCAUGAGAACAACAACAUCAACUUCCGCGACAUUCCGAGGACACUCAUCCUUUUAUUCCGAAUGAGUUGCGGGGAGGGCUGGAACGCGAUCAUGGAGGAUUUUGCGACGAUGGUCCCUCCGUUUUGCACAUACGACCGCGACUUCUUCAAUGAUGAUUGCGGAAGCGCGGCAUGGGCUCGGCCGCUCUUUAUCUCGUGGAAUAUCAUCAGCAUGUACAUCUUCGUGUCUCUGUUCGUGUCCUUGAUCUUCGAGAGCUUCUCGUACGUGUAUCAGAGAAGCAGCGGGCUCUACGCCAUUAGCCGGGAGGAAAUCCGCCGCUUCAAGCAGGCAUGGGCGACGUACGAUCCGGACGGGACGGGAUAUAUUUCGAAGGAACAGUUCCCGCGGUUGCUUGGCGAAUUGUCGGGCGACUUCUCCAUGCGCAUCUAUGACGACCAGUUCUCGAUCGGGCGGAUCCUUGAGAAAUGCAGCGUGGACAAACGCGAUUCGCUCCUCGCGCAUCGGAGAGUCGUUGAGGGAUUGGAUCUCGAUAAGAUGGCCAAGAUCUUGCGGCAGAUCCCCGUGGCGACGGUCCGGAAGCGACGACAAGAGCUCAACCGAUUCUUCGAAGAAGUGCUGGUUUCGGCGGACCCCGUGCGCGGCAUCUCCUUCCAUUCCGUCCUCAUGAUCCUAGCGCACUAUAAGAUCAUCAGCGACAGCAAGAGCUUGCGGCUGGAGGAAUUCCUACGGCGGCGAGCGCGACUGCAGCGGGUGGAGGAAGCGGUGCGGCGCAACACGGUGAUCGGCUUCUUCGACACGCUCUACUGGUCGCGGGAGUUCCGCCGACGGGUGAAUGCCAAGAAGUCGGCGCGGAUGAGCGAAAUCCCGCAGUUCACGGUGCCGGAAAUCUUCGUGGACGAUGGGUACCAGGACGAGCCGGAGAGGGUGACGGAGGAGAGCGGAUCGAGGGUGGCGUCGCCCGAGCCAGUGAGCUUCAUUGACGGCGGCGGCCAGCCGAUGCUCUCGCCGACGUCGCCCAUCCGGAGCAGCGGCAGCCCGACCUCGUCGCGGCAGCUCCCGCGCCUUGAUACCAACCUCGCUGGACGGAUGUCGAACCUUAGCUCGCCGACGGAAUGGUCCAGUAUUAGUCCGUCGCUGUCGCCUAGUGGACGGGCGCGGUCGCAUACCAUUUCGUCGUAUGACGCUGGUCCGGAUCUGCCUGCAAGCCCGGGAGGGGCGGACCAGUCCCGGGAGGGCAGCGCGAUGAAUGUACAGGAGGUGAUGCAGUCGUUGGAUGAUUCCGCCUGGGGCGAGAGUAUCCGACGCAGUUUCACGCAGCGGCGGUCGACCAACAGUUGA